AUGUCUGAUUGCUACACUACUUCUGAUGAAUUUGACCUUUGCGAUGCUACUUCUGAGGAGGAAUCUGAUUCACUUAAUGAUGUAGAAGGUGAGGCAAUUGCUACCGUAAUGUCAUCACAACAAAAAGAAUUAUCAGAUAGUUUUAGUAUAAAUCGUAAUAAGCAUAAUAAAACAUCACCAGUAUGGAAUUUUAUGAGUGAGGAAAAAGAAGGAGAUAAAGUUAUCGCGAGAAUUUGUGGAAAAUGUGGACAGAAAUUUAGCCCUACAACAACUACUGGUGUUUUAAGUAACCAUCUUAGUAAUAAGCAUGAUAUAGAACUUAUUCAAAAACCGUAUGGUAAAGGAGAUGUUCGACAUAAAAAAGAGGCUCGGUAUGAUCUUGUCGCAAAAGAACUCAGAAGUCUUACCAGCAAAGUCGUCCUUAUUGCGGAUAUCUGGACUUCAAUUUCCAACCAGGCCUAUCUUUGUGUCACGGUUCAUUACAUUGAUGAUAAAUGGCAAAUGCGUCAGUUAUUACUGGCCUUUAUCCAUUUUGAGCAUAAUCAUACUGCAAUACGUACGAAAGAAAAGCUCUAUGAACUUUGUGACGCUAUGAAUAUUAGUGAUAAGAUAAUUGCACUUACCACUGAUAACUACUCUGCGAUGGUACUAUGUGGAAGCCUAAUCAUGCUUCAUAGAUUUAAAAAAAUGCGUAAUGAAUUAAGUUUACUUGUAACUGUGCAUAAAAAACAACUCGAAAGUGCUUAUCCUAACGAUAAGGAAUGGGAAGUUAAAGAUAUCAUGCUUAUGACUUUUCCCUUUGGUAAUCAAAAAGACGCUGCUCUAACUAGUCUACGAAAUGUAAUGUCUCAAUAUAAUUCGCAAACUCCUACAGCAACUACCACUACACCUACCCUAAAAUCAGC